ACCAGCAGCCAUCAACAGCGACCAUGGGCAAGGCGACCGCCGUCGGCAUAGACCUGGGCACCACCUACUCUUGCGUGGGCGUGUGGCAGCACGGCAAGGUCGAGAUCGUCGCCAACGAGCAGGGCAACCGCACCACGCCCAGCUACGUCGCCUUCACCGACACCGAGCGACUCAUCGGCGAUGCCGCCAAGAGCCAGGUGGCCAUGAACCCGAAGAACACGGUUUUCGACGCGAAGCGAUUGAUUGGAAGACGCUUUGACGAUCCCAAGAUACAAGACGACAUGAAGCACUGGCCCUUCACGGUCAUUUCCGAUGGCGACAAACCCAAAAUUCAGGUGGAGUACAAGGGCGAGACGAAGAGGUUCGCGCCCGAGGAGAUCAGCUCGAUGGUGCUGAGCAAGAUGCGCGAGAUCGCCAGCACGUACCUGGGCGCCGACGUGCGCGACGCGGUGAUCACGGUGCCGGCCUACUUCAACGACGCGCAGCGCAGCGCCACCAAGGACGCGGGCGCCAUCGCCGGCCUCAACGUGCUGCGCAUCAUCAACGAGCCCACCGCCGCCGCGCUCGCCUACGGGCUCGACAAGAACCUGCAGGGCGAGAAGAACGUGCUCAUCUUCGACCUCGGCGGAGGCACUUUUGACGUGUCGGUGCUGGCCAUCUCGGAAGGGUCGCUGUUCGAGGUGAAGUCGACGGCGGGUGACACGCACCUGGGCGGCGAGGACUUCGACAACCGGCUGGUGCAGCACCUGGCGGAAGAGUUUCAGCGCAAGCACCGCAAGGACAUGCGCGCCAACGCGCGCGCGCUGCGACGCCUGCGCACCGCCGCCGAGCGCGCCAAGCGGACGCUCUCGUCCAGCACCGAGGCCAGCCUCGAGAUAGACGCGCUGCACGACGGCAUCGACUUCUACGCCAAGGUGACGCGCGCGCGCUUCGAGGAGCUGUGCAUGGACCUGUUCCGGCAGACGCUGGCGCCGGUGGAGCGCGCCCUGGGCGACGCCAAGCUGGACAAGGCGUCCGUGCACGACGUCGUGCUGGUCGGCGGCUCCACGCGCAUCCCCAAGAUACAGAAGAUGCUGCAGGACUUCUUCUGCGGCAAGACGCUGAACCUGUCCAUCAACCCGGACGAGGCGGUGGCGUACGGCGCGGCGGUGCAGGCGGCCAUCCUGAGCGGCGACACGAGCUCGCAGAUCCAGGACGUGCUGCUGGUCGACGUGGCGCCGCUCUCGCUCGGCAUCGAGACCGCGGGCGGCGUCAUGACCAAGAUCGUCGAGCGCAACGCACGCAUCCCCUGCAAGCAGAAGCAGACCUUCACCACCUACUCCGACAACCAGCCCGCCGUCACCAUUCAGGUGUUCGAGGGCGAGCGCGCCAUGACCAAGGACAACAACCUGCUGGGCACGUUCAACCUGACGGGCAUCCCGCCGGCGCCGCGGGGAGUGCCCAAGAUCGAGGUGACCUUCGACCUGGACGCGAACGGCAUCCUCAACGUGUCGGCGACGGAGAGCGGCUCGGGACGCAGCGAGCGCAUCACCAUCCAGAACGACAAGGGCCGCCUGUCCAAGGCCGAGAUCGAGCGCAUGCUGGCCGACGCAGAGCGCUUCCGCGCCGAGGACGAGCGGCAGCGCGCGCGGGUCGAGGCCCGCAACCGCCUGGAAGCGUACGCGCUCUCGCUCAAGCAGGCCGCCGAGGACGCGGGCAGCAAGCUGAGCGACGCGGACAAGGCGACGGUGCGGGACCAGAGCGCGGAGGCGCUCAAGUGGCUGGACAGCAACUCGCUGGCGGAACAGGAGGAGUUCGAGGACCGGUACAAGCAGCUGUCGGCCGCCUGCUCGCCCAUCAUGGCCAAGCUGCACCAGGCGGGCGCCGGCGCCGGCGCGGGCGCAGGCGCGGGCUCCGGGGCCGCCAAGGGCCCCACCGUCGAGGAGGUCGACUGAGGCGGCGGCGAGGCCGCUCCGUGAAGAACUCUACUGUGCUGUGGCCACACCAUUCUAACACACUCCUUACACUAGCCUGCCACUCUCGUUUGGGAAUUACUUCGUUGUGCGUCACACACUAUGCUCCAAAUUUUGUUGUCCCGGUAUUGCGUUUAAGCGAAGUCUUAAAAAAUGCCGUGGUUCAGUGUCUUAUAUAAUUUUCCUGCUUUGAUCUAACAUAAAUUGCCAAAUGUUGCUGAUAGUGGCUUAAGAGAACUCCAUAUCCGUAUGUAGGAUCUCACGUUCUGCGGCGCUGCUGAUGUAUAAUGUUCUCGCAGCUACGCUGCCGAAUUGCUGUGUCUUCCUAGUAUGAUACACACGUCAAGAAAAGCAUUGUACCACGCCGAUAUGCCGUGCAUAUGUAUUGCUAAUGUGACUGUUCCUGUACUGACCAGGUCAGCCCUGUUGUUGUUCCACGCAACAGCAGCCGUGAGCGCUACCUACGGGUAGAGCGCCACAGUUUCAGGUGAAAGUAAAGCACCAGUAGGGCCGCAUUGGAGUCCUCUUUGGAACAGCAGACUGAAUAUCCGCCAUACCGCGACAGACAGUCGCGACCAAUGACAGGAUCCGCAUCAUCACGUAGGCUUGCCAACCACGGAAGUUGUUGGAUGUGAGCGCCGGAGUCAGAAUGGUGUAGUAUGUACAUGGAAUUGGUUCCAAUCGACAAGUAGUAUCGACGACUUACACCGCACAGGCCGUUCACGAUCGAUAGGUGCGAAGGAUGAUCCAUAUCUAAGACUUUUCAGUCAAAGGAACCUUUGACUAAGGCCGCAGAACUGAAUUCGGCGUUCCGAGAGGCUAUAAGACGUCACAUGUUGCAUCGAACCGUUAGGAGAUGAUUACAUGAUGCGACUCUCCAUUACCGACCACCAUGGCGAGCAUCAUGUCGUCCACACUACGGACACCAAUAAAGAUUGGUAAGAAAUGCAGAACGGACGUAGCAGAAUUGGCGCCGGGUGUUGUUUACGAACGAAACACGGAUCUAGAAUGAGAUAUUCACUCUGCAUCAGUGUGUGCGCUGAUAUGAAACUU